UUUUAGGGGUGGUGACAGAUCCACAGAGAGGAACUAGACUUGGGGUGAACCUCCACGGAUCAAGAGACCCAGAAAGUAGCUGGAAGCAGAGCUGGCUGGGCUCAUGAAUGGAGAUUUAUGCAGCUGGAAAGAUGGCCUCCCCCACCUGUCCCCAAGGACCCAUCAACAGCUUGGAGCUCUUGGAUCUCCUAUUUGAUCGGCAGGAUGGAAUUCUGAGACACGCAGACCUGGGCGAGGACUGGGGCCAUGCUGGGGACCAGCAGGUCCUGCCAGCCCCGGACUCUGAUGAUUUCCUCAACUGUAUCUUGGGUUCUGGAGACUCAGUGCCCAGCUCUCCUCUCUGGUCUCCUGCAGCCAGUGACAGUGGCAUCUCUGAAGAUCUGCCCUCCGACCCCCAGGAUACCCCUCCACACAAUGGGCCGUUCCCCACCUCGGCUGGCUGCCAUUUCUCGGAGUCUGGCAAGGGGCUCUGCCCCUCCUACCACCCUGUCCCUCACAGCCCCACCAGGCCUCUUCGGCCAGUGGCCCAAGUGCCUGAGGCCUCUGUGGCCAUAGACCUAGAAAUGUGGAACCCGGGCCUCUAUCCUGACGAGCAGACUGAUCUGGCAGACUCGCCCCCACACUGCAACCUCACGGUGAAAGACCUCCUCCUCUCUGGCAGUGGUGGGGACCUGCAACAGCAUCACCUGGCAGCCCCCCACCUGUUAAGACCUGGGACUGGACACUACCAGGAGCUGGUGCUGACAGAGGAUGAGAAGAAACUGCUGGCCAAAGAAGGCAUCACGCUGCCCACCCAGCUGCCCCUCACCAAAUACGAGGAGCGAGUGCUGAAAAAAAUUCGCCGGAAAAUCCGGAACAAGCAGUCGGCCCAAGAAAGCCGGAAAAAGAAGAAGGAAUACAUUGAUGGCCUGGAAAGUCGGAUGUCAGCCUGCACUGCCCAGAACCAGGAGCUUCAGAGGAAAGUCUUGCAUCUUGAGAAGCAGAACCUGUCCCUCCUGGAGCAGCUGAAGAAACUCCAGGCCAUUGUGCUCCAGUCCACCAGCAAGUCAGCCCAGGCAGGCACCUGCAUAGCGGUCCUGCUGCUCUCUUUCGCCCUCAUCGUCCUCCCCUCCAUCAGCCCUUUUGCCUCCAAAAAAGCUGAGAGUCCUGGAGACUUCACACCUGUGCGAGUUUUCUCCAGAACUUUGCACAACUAUGCUGCUUCCCGUGUGGCCCCUGACACCACACCAAGUUCCAAGGCCCCGGGACCCCAUCCUGAGGCUGGCACAACCCAGGAAGUGUCCCCAGAGCACCCCAGGGCUCACUGGGAAUUCCAGGAACUGCUGGCUCUGGACAACUUGACAGAGGAGCUGGACAAGUCAACCCUGAUCCAGGGCAACUGGACAGAGGACCUGAGCCGGGCCACUCUGCUGGACUGGGCCUCGCCUGAGCCAGCACUCAGGCCAGGGCGUGUGGGGCUGGAGGCGGGGGAGGAGCUGUGAGCACCACCAGGCCCGUCUGCUCAGGGCACUGCGGCAGGCACUGUAGUGGACGGGCAGGGCAUUGCAGGGGAGGCAGACACCCCUGUUGAGAGGCCCGGAUGGAGAUGCACACACACAGCUGCACACCCAGGAACCCAGACACGGGAGCAGACGCUGAUGCUCAGAUACAGGGCAAUCAUAAGACCGCGAAGCCUGAGAAAGCCAGGAGGCAAGAGGCAGACACAUACAGAGUGAUCCAUGGACCCAGACAUGUACAUGUAACAUACCGCAAUUGCCGUGCCUGGGGACUUCUCCCUGCCCCAUCACACACAGGGAGGGGGAAGUGGCCGAGACUGCAGGGACCCUGGCCCUUAGGCACUGGCUAGGCUCUGAACUUUGGGAUGGCCAUGGCCCACAGCCACCCCCCACUUUCUCUAAGACUGCUAUGAUCCUUAAUAAAAUAUGACAGAACAUGGCUGGAGUGGAAGCA